AGAGGGAAGAGGGUUAUGGUUAAACCCCAACAAUCAAAAAACCCCAAAACACAACUCUCUCUCUCUCUGCGUAUCACAAUUUCAUUCCGAAUCAUCCUCGAAAUUCAUAUCCAUAAUCUUUGAAGUAUAUUUCUGAAAUUAAAUCCUAAGAACAGAGGUGAUGAUUUUGCUCCGUUCAAUUUCAGUGCUGAAUGCCAGCAGAUUAUCAUCUGCGCCUAAACUCUUCUUACCAUUGAAGCAUUCAUCAUCAUCUUCUUCUUCUUCAGCUGUGUUCAUAAGAUUUUCUUGCCAUAACCAGCCAGCUCGCAGUCGAAUUAGGGCUUUCGGAACCGCCGUAGCCGCCACCACCUCCGUCGCUGAUAAUAAGGGGUGUGACACAUUCUUUGCCGAAGAAAGCGUGUCAUGGACCUCACUAGGUGUAUCAGAUGAGCUUUCUCGAGCUCUCUCUAAUAUUGGCCUCCACAGACCCUCUCUUGUUCAGGCUGCUUGUAUACCAAGUAUACUUUCUGGGAAUGAUGUGGUGAUUGCUGCAGAGACCGGGAGUGGCAAAACCCACGGGUAUCUAGUUCCACUGUUUGACAAGCUAUGCAGGACACCUGAUACUUCUGUGGGUAUUUCAGCUGAACAGACGUCGCAUCAGCCCCAUCAGCUUUCUCUUGUUCUUUGCCCUAACGUUAUGUUAUGUGAGCAAGUUUCACGAAUGGCUAACUGUCUGUACGGUGAUAAUGGUGAACCACUUCUUAGGAUUGCUGCUGUUUGUGGGCGGCAGGGCUGGCCUGUUAAUGAACCGGACAUACUUGUUUCAACACCAGCUGCUCUUCUGAAUUACCUUUACGGAAUUGACCCUGAAAAACGUCGCCGUGCUGAUUUCAUACGUGGUGUGAAAUAUGUGGUUUUUGAUGAAGCAGACAUGCUGCUUUGUGGGAGUUUUCAGAACCAAUUUAUCCGUCUUAUAAAUAUGCUUCGUUUUGAUGAAAAGCUGUUGUCCCGGGCACAAAAUUCUGUAUUUGAGAAACCAGUUGACUCAACAUCUGAUACCCUGAUGCAUUGUGAACCAGAAGAUGAUCAAGAUCUGCAAAUGGAUACUAUUCUAGAAGAAGAUGAAGAUGCUGAGGAUGGUGCUGAUGCUGAAAGUUUGGGUGAAGAAGCUAAAGCUGAGGUCAUAAAGAGAAAAGACUGGAGGAGGGUUAGAAAAACAUAUGAGCGCAGUAAGCAGUACAUUUUUAUUGCAGCCACCCUUCCUGAGAAUGGAAAGAAAACUGCUGGAGGAGUGUUGAAACGGAUGUUCCCAGAUGCCAGUUGGGUUAGUGGAAAUUAUCUGCAUCGUCACAACCCAAGAUUGGAGCAGAAGUGGAUUCAAGUUACGGUUGACACACAAGUGGAUGCUCUCAUAGAUGCUUUGAACCAAGGAUUUAACUCUGAAAUGUUGAAUUCUGGUACUCAAGUAAGUCGAACCAUGGUGUUUGCUAACACCAUUGAGGCAGUUGAAGCUGUUGCCAAGAUCUUGGUAGGAGCUGGUAUGGAAUGUUUCCGUUACCAUAGGGAUAGCUCUCUGGAAGAGCGUAUGAAGAACUUAGUAGAUUUCCAGCAGAAAGGUGGUGUUUUUGUGUGCACUGACGCUGCUGCACGUGGUCUUGACAUUCCAAAUGUUUCACAUGUGAUUCAGGCAGAAUUUGCUUCAUCUGCUGUAGAUUUCUUGCAUAGGGUUGGUCGGACAGCAAGAGCAGGACAACCUGGUCUUGUUACAAGCCUGUACACUGAGUCGAACAGGGAUCUUGUUGUUGCAGUUCGUCAAGCUGGGAAACUGGGUCAGCCCGUGGAGAAGGCAUUUAGCAGGAAGAGGAGCUUCCGAAAUAAGCUUAAGAAGAGAGCUUCCAGCAAAGUCGGUGACGAAUCAUCUGUGGGAGAUAGAGUUCAAGCAUAAUAGAAAGGAGAAUUGAAGAAUUUGAUUGCCAACUUGGCAUACAGAGACAAUAGAUAAUGGUUAACCCUCUCCCUCAACAUUGUAUAUGUCGUUGUACUAAUUUUGAUUAAUAAUGUUUGGAUAAUUU